AGCAUUCAGCCAUGUUCAGGAGAGGAGGUUUUGCAUCAACCCCCAACGUGGGUUUUGUUCAUCAGCUACAGGAAUAUGAAGCAAUCUAUCUAGCCAAGCUGACCAUUAAAAUGAUGUCACCGGUGCAGUUGGGCAGGCCGUUCUCCCUACAAGCUGGGAUGCCAGGGAGCCGCAAACGCAGCCUGGAGGAAGAUGAAGAUUUUGGAGGAAUGCAGGUCACAGCAGCGCAGAAUGGAUAAGCUUUGCUCAAAGUGUUAGCUGCGUGGCACAGUGCACUCAUUUUUUCUUUUCUUUUUUUUCCUCCUCCUUUCUUUUUAAUGGGAUUAAAAACUGUAAAUAUUUGAACUUUUUCUAAGGGGAAGGGAUCAGGGCAGGAGGGUGACCACUCAUGUCUGAGACAUUGAGUACUCUUGGGGAUUGGGAACAAUUUGAUAAGUCAUUUCUUUUUGUUUCUUUUGCUGUAUGCACUGAUGGGAGAUUUUCUUUUUUUUUUUUUUUUUUUUUUGGCAGUUUUAUAGUAUUUAAAGCAUUUUGCAUUAGCAGCGGGACAGUAUUGCAAUAAUGCACUUUCGAUACUUGAAUUUGUGUAAACGACCUGGAGGGGAAAGUUGGCAAAAGGGAAAGUAGCAAAGAUCUCUCCCUGUGGAGGUCUUGAAGAGGAAUUGCUACGCCUUUUACUUUGGGAGUAAUACAAUAAUGGACUAAUGUCAGACAGAAUGUGGGAUAGUAAGGAAUGGAAAAACUCACUGCUUAAUAAAGUCCUGAGUCUUGUUCA